AUAAAGCAGGAAGAAAGCGACACGAGCUAUGUUCCCAAGGAUGUGCAGAUGCUAUAUAAUAUGCACUUCCUCGGUAGAUUUUUGAACGUCUUAUCCGCAUAAGCUCAAUUAUAUGAUUUCCCAUCUUACGCCUGUGUACUACCGAUAACAUUGUAUUAUAAUUUUCCCUCUUUCAAUAAAUUUCCUUCUGGAACAAGCCAACGUGACUAUAUUGAGCAAAUAUACCUAUACUGCGUAUCUGGCGCUUCUUGUUGGGAACGUAUCACGGAUCGCGGUAUUUAAUUCUGAGUAGAUGACAGAGGUGAGCGGACGCGCUGUAAAAGGUGCGGUGGACUAAGGACUUAUUUCGUAUAAUUCUUAACAAUGCGGCGCCGGUGGAAGUAUGCGCUGUGUCGUCUGCCCGUGAUUCUGAGCCUAUCAGCUCCACCAUUUUUAGUGUUCAUCUUCACCUUAUUAUUUAACCAACAACCGGAAGUUCAGAUAAUUCUUGAGAAAAAGGAGAUUACUAAAGCACCGCAGCUAUUACAGAAUUAUACGAAUAAUCCUUACAAUAUAUCACAUCCUUAUAACGUGAACUUUGAAGAAUUACUCGUGUUGAAGGAAAGUGGACAAAGCAUUCCAUUAAAACCUCUUAAUCGCCAUCCAUAUAAAUACAUUUUGAAUCCCUCCAAUAUUUGUCAGGAACCUCCUCCUCAGAAUAACUCCUUGUUUGUGUUAAUACUCAUCAAAAGUGCGCCAGAUAAUUUUCACUUGAGACAGACUCUACGAAUGUCCAUGGAGAAGAAUCCCAUUGAAAAAGGAUAUGUUCGAAUUGUAUUCUUGAUGGGUACUUCAAAAAAAGAAUUGAAUAAGAACACCAUGGUUGAAAAUGCAAUGUACGGAGAUCUUGUUCAACAGGAUUUUGUAGAUUCGUAUAAGAAUUUGACUAUUAAGACUGUCAUGGGAUAUAACUGGGCUGUAGAAUAUUGCCCGAAUGCUACUCACAUUCUGUACAAGGAUGAUGACUUUCAUUUUAAUGUCAAAAAUCUUCUUAAAUUUCUAGGAUCUCAUGAACAUCCUCAGUCUUUAUUAGUGGGAUAUAGAGUAGACAAAGCGCCCGUUAUGCGCCACCCAGCAAGUCCACAUUUUGUGAGGAAAGAAGAUUAUCCAAAUAGAAUCUAUCCGCCAUAUUUAGCAGGAGGUGCUUAUGUUGUUAGCAUGGAUGUUGCGCAAAGAUUUGUGAUAGCGUUUCCAUAUGUGAAAUACAUUACAGUGGACGAUUCAUACAUUGGGAUAGUUGCAAUGAAACUCAAUAUUCUUCCACAGAUGAACAAUGUCUUGUUUUCCUUCAAGGAUUGCAAAGACCUAGACUCCAAAGUGAUAGCUUGCAGGGGUUAUACAUCUCACAAAGAAAUAUUUUCUGCAUGGAAAACGUUUGUGAAACAAUUUUUAGCCAAAUUUUACAUUUGAUCCAUUGGAUCCUUAGAAGAAUUAUGGGGAUAAAAAUUUCCUAGAUUUGAUUUUGAUUCAUAGAAGAUAUAUAAAGUGGAAAAAAUACUAUAAAUUUUGGUCGAAUUUGAUAAAGUGUAUAUUCUAUGUCUAUAAAAUUGAAUAUAAAUAACUUUUUAAACAAAGAAAAGGCAAAUUAUUAGCCUAACAUCAAGCAAUGUGACCCAACAGGAUCAUGGCAGGAUUUUAAAUUUACGACGAAAUUCGAAACACUUUAUUAUUGGAAAAUUCUCAUCUUUCUUUCACACUGUUAAUGAAUAUUUAAUAUUUUACUGGAAACGCUCAAUAUAACACAUUUAGUAUUUAUUUUGGCAUUAAUUCAUAUUUACAUAGAAUAUGAUUUGUGAAGCCCGGUUAAGAAUGUAAUAUUUACACCCACUAAAUAUUAUCUCUAUUUCGUAUGAAAAGUGUUGUUGUUUAUCAAUCAUGCAGUAAACUUCGCCAAGCGAUUUCUUGAGUAUCAAUGAAACAUAUAUACAUGAUGUACAUUUACAUUUCAAUAAUAUAUUAUUCAACGUA